CCUUCCGCCAUGUCUUACGUUUACUGCCAUCUGCACAAUCCAUUCCCAGUAGCUUGCUGAUGCUGCUGGACUUGACUCGUACUUCAUGACGUUACAUAUUAGGCGCGUAUCAAACGUGUUGCAUGCCGCGAAAUGAUCUGGAAUGAGAGCUCUUGCAAUACCCAACUCUCUUCGCAUCCGAGGCUUCACGUUGUACUGCAAUCGGGCCGCCUCUACCUCAACCACGGUUCUUCGUGUUCGCCUUAUCGUGGGCCGAUACCAAAAUAUGGGCGCAGAAGCCUCCAGAAGUUGCCCUGCGAACCACGUAAGUCAUCGGUUGUUGAACGGUGGUUCGACGCUUGGAAUGGGACAUUGCAAGUCGGUAAAAAUUUAAAAGACGUCACCAUGCACUCUGACAAUUACAGUAAGCCCUACUUCGCUUGGCGGUCUGUUAUUUGGUGCGAAUGUAUGCCACAUGUCUUGUGCUUCCCUUUGAGGUGUGGUUUCCCAAUGUUGCAUCACCUUACGGGCGCGACCUUCGAUGUUUCAGGCAAAGCUACUGGAGACGUCGAGAAUGAUAAUAUCAGUACUUCGGAUCCCUUCAAACGCCCUUUCGUGUUUCCACUGAUAAUGAUACCGUGCCUACUUGUCGCAUGUGCCACUGUAGGCCGGGGGUCCGUUUACACCUUGCGGCAAUAUGAUCAUGCAUCAUGUCUACAUGCGAUCAAUUCCUUGGCAACUGUCGGUACCGAACUGGAUUACAUUCAUUACAGAUCUGCUUUCCACCUUUCCGAAUCACCCAUUUCUCCGUCGAGGAUGUCGUUCGCCGUUCUUGGGGGGAAGAAGCUUGCUAUUCUAGAUUUAAUUCCGUGCGUCAGGUCGGAAGUGCUUGUUUUCCAUUAGGCUCAAUGUCAUAACUCGACAUGUUGUCGGUAUGUGGUCUGAAUGGAUCGUUUUGCUAACAGCGAGAGCCAUUCUCAUGGACUGCCAUCAGACAAUCUGUAUGGCCAGUUACU